UUCUCUUUCCCUUAUAUCACAACUCAAUAAAAUAUCCCAACCAAACUGAGUCGCCGACAUACAUUGAGACUCAAAUCACUUGAAAAUCUCCGACAAUCAGUUAGUUCAGUUCCAAUCAUGGCUCAGAAUCAACAACCAAUUUUUCAGACCAAGCCACCAGAACAAUUCGUGCAGAUACCAAUCAACAUCGAGCGUGAUUCUUCAACCGCACGCAUGAACCACACCGGAAACUCGAACCAGAAACCAAACCACUGGCCAACGAUCACCAUCUCGAUCAUCUUCGUCAUAAUCGGUCAAUCCAUAGCAAAACUCCUCGAGAACUUUUACUACGACAAAAUCAACCGAAGCGAAUACGACGAGAACCGUCAAAGCGACGGCGUUUGGACUCAGUCACUUCUCCAAACUGUUGGUUUCCCUCUGCUUCUCAUCCCUUUCUUCAUCUUCAUCACCAAGAACAAACGCAACCAUCACCAACAACCUCCGAUCACUUCCGAUUCAAUCCACUUAAAAUCCUUAGCCGUGAUCUACAUUUGCAUCGGGAUCGUCAUGUCGGUUCAAGGAAGACUCUCAGCCAUGGGAAAGCUCGAGAUCCCAUUUGGUGUUUUCACUCUGAUCUACACAACACAGCUCUUCUUCACUCCCAUCUUCGCAGCUUUUAUCAACAAGAUCAAAUUCAACCGAUGGGUUGUUAUCUCUGUGAUCUUAGCUAUCGUCACCGGAGCACUUACUCUGUCCGCUUCAUUCGGCGGCGAGCCAGAUGAAGCAGAGGAGAAUUACGCUAAAGGCUCAUGGGCUGCUCUGUUCGCCGGAAUCUGCUUCUCUCUCCUUCUCUGUAACAUCCAAAACGUCUUCGAUAAUUACAUCUUCAAACGAACCGAGUCGACCAAUAAAAAACCGAGCUUUGCCUCUGUUUUCGAAGUCAUCAUCUUCUCUUCCCUCGUCGCUACGAUCAUCUCCGUCGUGGGUCUGCUUAUCGCUGGCGAGCAACACGAUUUGAAGAGGGAGAUGAAUGGGUUCUCGAAAGGAAAAGGCUCGUACGUGAUGGCUAUGGUUGGUCAGGCUGUUUCGUGGCAGAUCUAUUGGGUUGGGAUCGUGGGACUUGUCUACUCUGUCUCGAGCGUGUUGUCGAAUGUGAUCAGUGUCAUUACGUGGCCGAUCGUGUCGGUUCUUGUGGUGAUCUUCUUCAACUUCAUGGAUGAUGAGUUCGAUGCUUUCAAAGGUGUUGCCUUGGUUACUGCCGUCUUGAGCGCCGUCGCUUAUUUCAUUAGGCUUCACAAAGAGAAUCGUAUGGCAAAUUAAGUUUUUUCUUUUUCUUUCCAGUGAGUAUUAAUUCAUAUAAUUUGUUUAUUUGUGUAAAGUAAGUGUAAGUGUGUAACAGCAUUCCUUUUAGAUGUAAAUUUAUGUUACUUUUGAUUCUGUAUGUUUUACAAUGAAAUGAACAGUUUAUGUAUAAGGUUUUUGUUCA